AUGGCCAUGAAGGAGACCAUUCUGCCCAUCAGCGAGGUGUCCGCCCCGACCCUGACCCCAGAGGUGGUGGAGCUCAAUGUGGGUGGCCAGGUGUACGUCACCAAGCGCUCCACUCUGGUCAGCGUGCCCGACACCACCCUGCACGCCAUGUUCGCCCGGUGCCCACCAUGGGAGCUGCCGAGGGACAGCCGAGGUCGAUUCUUCAUCGACCGCGAUGGCUUCCUGUUCCGCUACGUGCUGGACUUCCUGCGAGACCGCCAGCUGGUGCUGCCCGACCACUUUCCAGAGCGUGAGCGUCUGCAACGGGAGGCUGAGCACUUCAAGCUGGGCGAGCUGCUGCGCCUCCUGGGGCCCCGGGUAGGUUCCAAGCAGGGCUCCAUGAACGAUGAGGGCUGCCACAGCGACAUCGAGGAGAGCUCGCAAAGCAGCGAGUACCCCACAGGUUGUAACUCGACUUCCUCAGACAAGAGGUCAGGGUUCAUCACCAUCGGCUACAGGGGCUCCUACACCACAAUGCGGGACAACCAAGCCGACGCCAAGUUCCGACGCGUGGCUCGGAUCAUGGUGUGUGGACGCAUCGCCCUGGCCAAAGAGGUGUUUGGGGAAACACUGAACGAGAGCCGGGACCCCGACAGGCCGCCGGAGAAGUACACUUCACGGUUUUACCUCAAGUUCACCUACCUGGAGCAGGCAUUUGACCAGCUUUCUGAGGUGGGCUUUACAAUGGUGGCGUGUAACUCCACGGGAACAGCCGCUUUUGUCAACCAGUACAGGAACGACAAAAUCUGGAGCAGCUAUACGGAGUACAUCUUCUUCAGUAAGUGACUUCUCACCCUAACUAACAUACAUAUUGGAAAGGUGGGUCCAACAUGUUUUGUCAGGUUUUAGAAGUAUUGUGUCAAAUUUCUCUUCACAAGUGAAAAGAUUGCACGAAUUGCCUACCUAUUCUGACUUGGAUUGUAUAGGAUAUUGAAGGUAAAUAAUAGCCUUUUCUCUCUGUGGUUCAAAGUAAUUCCAAUACCAGCUUCUUCACUUUCCUUGAGAAUACCCUUUCCUGUGUGGUCCAGCGAUUACGUCCACUGAUCCCAGCUAAAAUGUAUGCUAGAGUCGGCAUGGGUUUGAAUCCGGCCCACUGCCCUUUGACUCACCCUCCCCCUAUCUUCACCGUCUUUCCAACACUGUUCUAUCUCUUCAAUAUAGCUAAUAAAUUACGUAAAGAAUGUGGGACUGCCCACCCUCCCUGUUCCUCUCAUCAGUUGGAAAUGUUUUCCAAAUCACAGCAGGUUGGUAAAAGAGAGAAGAGAUUAAAGGGAAAGGUGUGUGAGAUUAACACACAGUUUUAUUGUAAGAAGAAUGAUUGAAGGAUCGAAAACUUCCUGAGGGCUGUAGAUACAGUGCAUUCGGAAAGUAUUCAGACCCCUUGACUUUUUCCACAUUUUAUCACGUUACAGCCUUAUUCUAAAUUUGAUUAAAUUGUUUUCCCCCCUCAUCAAUACCCCAUAAUGACCAAGCAAAAUUACAGCAUCAAGUCUUCUUGGGUAUGAUGUUACAAGCUUGGCACACCUGUAUUUGGGGAGUUUCUCCCAUUCUUUUCUGCAGAUCCUCUCAAGCUCGGUCAGGUUGGAUGGGGAGCGUCGCUGCACAGCUGUUUCAGGUCUCUCCAGAGAUGUUCGAUCAGGUUCAAGUCCGGGCUCUGGCUGGGCCACUCAAGGACAUUCAGAGACUUGUCCGGAAGUCACUCCUGCGUUGUCAUUGCUGUGUGCUUAGGGUCGUUGUCCUGUUGGAAAGUGAACCUUCGCCCUAGUCUGAGGUCCUGAGCGCUCUGGAGUAGGUUUUCAUCAAGGAUCUCUCUGUACUUUGCUCCGUUCAUCUUUCCCUCGAUCCUGACUAGUCUCCCAGUCCCUGCCGCUGAAAAUAAUCCCCACAGCAUGAUGCUGCCACCACCAUGCUUCACCGUAGGGAUGGUGACAGGUUUCCUGCAGACAUGACACUUGGCAUUCAGGCCAAAGAGUUAAAUCUUGGUUUCAUCAGACCAGAGAAUCCUGAGUCCUUUAGGUGCCUUUUGGCAAACUCCAAGCGGGCUGUUAUGUGCCUUUCACUGAGGAGUGGCUUCCAUCUGGCCACUCAACCAUAAAGGCCUGAUUGGUGGAGUGCUGCAGAGAUUGUUGUCCUUCUGGAAGGUUCUCCCAUCUCCACAGAGGAACUCUGGAGCUCUGUCAGAGUGACCAUCGGGUUCUUGGUCACCUCCCUGACUAAGGCCCUUCUCUCCCGAUUGCUCAGUUUGGCCGGACGGCCAGCUCUAGGAAGAGUCUUGGUGGUUCCAAACUUCUUCCAUUUGAUAAUGAUGGAGGCCACUGUGUUCUUGGGGACCUUCAAUGCUGCAGACAUUUUUUGGUACCCUCCCCCAGAUCUGUGCCUCGACACAAUCCAGUCUGAAUACUUAUGUAAAUAAGGUGUUUUUGUUUUCUAUUUUUAAGACAUUUGCAAAAAAUUAUAAAAACCUGUUUUCGCUUUGUCAUUAUGGGGUAUUGUGUGUAGAUUGAAAAAUAAAUAAAUAAUUUAAUCAAUUUUAGAAUAAGGCUGUAACGUAACAAAAUGUGGAAAAAGUCAAGGGGUCUGAAUACUCCGAAAUGCACUGUAGAUGGGGUUUUGGUGGAGUGUGUCUGGGGGUGAGGUGUGAGGUGUGUCUGGGGAAUAGGGAAUGAAAUGGCGGGGAAACAACCAAGACAGUGCAAAGGAACAGGCAAAUCGAAACAGAUUGGAACAGUCUAAUCAGUACAAAUAAAUAAUGAGAAAGAGUGGUGUGUGCCAGUGUGUGUGUCUUUGAGUCUGCAUCAUUGUAUGCCUGCACAGACGUCAGGGGCCUAAAAAGGGGUUAAUGAAGACAAAACAGCCAGUCUAUAUAUUGACCGUAUAUGGUUUCAGACAUUUUGCUCCCUGACUUGUCACCCUUUUUCACUCUCCCGGUCACAUGUCCCUGCUGGUAACGAAGAACUCGGGGCUGGGUCCCUUUGGACGUGAAGGCUUUGACAGGGAGAGGGGAGUCUUGUCAGGGGAGAGGGGAGGCUUGAUAUUGUCUGUUCAUUCUAAGACGAGGGUUGAACAAGCACAGAAAAUAUUUCAUUUUUAUCAAUACACUAGUAAGACAUUAGUUGGCUACCUUUUCACCAAAGGAGUCAGAACAGGAUCAAUGACAUCUACAACAGAAAACACAAUUUUUUUCUAUGGAGUAAAAUACUUUAAAAUAGACCAGUGGGGAAUGAGUCCAACCCAGUGCUAACAUUCAAUAAAAAAGAGAGCUACUUUUCACAAGCCUAUCAUGCCAAGGUAUGGCAGAGAGGGCUUAGAGGCAUCGUCUAAAAAUCUUCCAUGAGAGGUGUUUUAUUUUGAGGGAAGCACAGAUGCCAACAUAACAGAUGUAUGUGAGAACACUCCAUUGGUGGGGGGGCAACAUAUCUGACAUAUCCAUAUAUCUUACCCCCCUGCCUGUCAAGGCACCAUGGUACUGUAUAACACUUUUGAAAGUGCUAGAGGGCAUGAAUAUGCAGGGGGGUAAUGGAUGGGCUGACGAAGCAGAAGUGUUGCGGUGACAUCCAAGGAAUUCGAGGUCAACAGCAGCCACUGACAAAUGCCUGUCUGACUGUUUUGAUUGGGUUAUUUUCAUAACAACUUUCCCUCCUCCAGGUAGACGUGUUGGCAUUACUGUACACACUUCUCUCUUCUUUCCGCUGAAGCUGAUCCGCCUGUGUAAUCCUGCUCGGGUCUUGCAUAAUUCAUUAGCCGCUCUGCAACAGGGCAUUGUAUUGAUAUUUAUGAAGGGAUCAAGCUUUUAUUCCUGAGCAAUGUUGGAGCAUCACCGCUUAUAACAAAGCAGAUUUUUCCCCUGUUGAAUACAAAGAUCAGCUAACUCCUGAACAUGUGUUUUAACUGCAUUCUGUUGGUGUUCUAAAGAUGAUUUGAAACACUUUUCAUGACAAGGAAAUGCUACAUAGACCUAUAGGUACCAUAAUGACAUGUUAAAGUAUAUUAAAUUACAACAAUAACAUAAUAAAAAAGGAACCAUUUAUAUUAUAUUAUCAAUUUUUACUUCUUUUUUUUUAAGUGCAGGCACAUUGUUUGUUUGCACGUUAUGAAUAUACAGUAUUUAUGCUUUCAAAUGUAUUCUAUACUGCAAUAUCCAAUUCCACACGGAUAUAUUAGCUCUAACCUUGCUCUGUAUAGAUCAUUUAUGGAAAAGGUGGCGAUUGGUCCAUUUCCAGCCUGACAUUUAAUGGCAAGAAUAAGUCUAAAAAUACAAGAGAGACAAUCUUGUAUAAGACAUACUCUGAGUAUACAAAACAUGAAUAUUCAGUUGCACCCCCUUUUGCCCUCAGAACAGCCUCAAUUCGUCGAGACAUGGACUCUACAAGGUGUUGAAAGCAUUCUACAGGGAUGCUGGUCCAUGUUGACUCCAAUGUUUCCCACAGUUGUGUCAAGUUGGCUGGAUGUCCUUUGGGUGGUGGACCAUUUUUGAUACACACUGGAAACUGUUGAGCGUGACAAACCCAGCAGCGUUGCAGUUCUUGACACGAACCUGUGUGCCGGGCACCUGCUACCAUACCCCGUUCAAUGGCACUUAAAUAUUUUGUCUUGCCCAUAAACCCUCUGAAUGGCACACACGCAAUCCAUGUCUCAAUUGUCUCGAGGCUUAAAAAUCCUUCUUUAACCUGUCGCCUCCCCUUCAUCUACACUGAUUAGAGUGGAUUUAACAAGUGACAUCAAUAAGGGAUCAUAGCAUUCACCUGGUCAGUCUAUGUGGAAAGAGCAGGUGUUCCUAAUGAGCUGUACACUCAAUGUACAAUGAAAAUAGGAAGCAUUGACCAUGUUGUCAAACAGCUCCAUUUCACCAUGUUAAAGGGAUGCUGCGAGAUUCUGGCAACUAAGCCACUAGCUUACGCUACCGUACCUGUAGACAUCCAUUUUCUAACGCUAGUUAGCAUUGGCUCAUGUAACUACCUCUAACUUCCUUCAUACUGCACCCAGAGACAUAAAAAUGGUAUCCAAGAGUUCACCUGAGUCUGGGUAAGUAGAAAAGCUUAAUUGCCAGAAUCUCGCAGUAUCGCUUUAAAAGCUUUCCAUUGCUUAAACCAUUAAGUUUAGCAUUUACCAGACUUGAAAGCAUUCAAUAAGAAAGCUUUUUCCAACACUGAGUCAUCAUCCCAACUCAGGCAUUAUAGACUUGUAACUUUUAUUCCUGAACCAGACUGCAGCACCUUACCUUGCACCUUACCAUGCCCCUUACCAUGCCCCUUACCUGGCACCUUACCAUGCACCUUACCUGGCACCUUACCAUGCCCCUUACCAUGCCCCUUACCAUGCACCUUACCAUGCACCUUACCAUGCCCCUUACCUGGCACCUUACCAUGCCCCUUACCUGGCACCUUACCAUGCACCUUACCAUGCACCUUACCAUGCCCCUUACCUUGCCCCUUACCUGGCACCUUUCCAUGCCCCUUACCUGGCACCUUACCAUGCACCUUACCAUGCCCCUUACCUGGCACCUUACCAUGCACCUUACCUUGCCCCUUACCAUGCCCCUUACCAUGCCCCUUACCUUGCCCCUUACCAUGCCCCUUACCUGGCACCUUACCAUGCCCCUUUCCAUGCCCCUUACCUGGCACCUUACCAUGCCCCUCACCUGGCACCUUACCAUGCCCCUUACCUUGCCCCUUACCAUGUGUUUAUGCAUUAUACAUGCUGUUAUGGUUUAGCAAUUUCACAAUUUGUUUCUCAGACCAAAAACAUUGAUUGCCAAUGUCUCUGGUCUGAAGAAGGUAAAUAGACAGAAACGUUGGCAAUAAACUAGAAUACAUAUGUAAAGCUUUGUAAGCAAGAAGUGUGCAAUAUCUUUUUCUUUUGAAUCAUGUUCCAUACUCCGGCAUAAUGCAAACUUAUUCUUGACAUGUUGUACUCUUAGAUAAAACCCAAAGGCUUUUCGAGAGCUUGGGACUAUAAGGUUCUAUCUGCAUUUUUGUCAACAUUUAGUUAUUGACAUUGCCUUGUUCUGUUCAAUAUUCUCUACCUAUGUAGUACUCUAAAUACCCCAAUUUAUGUUAUUAAGUUCAAAAGAAUACUAGAUAAACAUUUCUGACACCAUCACACAAAUGAGGGUUUGGAACUUAAAAGCCAAUUAUCUUAGGAUCAUCUUUUUGCAGAUAGAACCUUCUAGUCUAGCUCUCAUUUUGCUGGUUGUAGGUUUUGCUCAUACAGAAGCUGUUAUCUUCUCAAAUCUGUUCUCAAAUGUGUACUGAUUUUGGACUGUUAUGUCGAUUUAAGACAAUGGGAAAACCAAAAUGUUAAUGUAUGGCCUUCAGCUAUAUUAAUGUCUUACAUUUGGUCAUUGAUAUGUCUUCAACACAUUUCUUUUCAAUACAAUUUGGGUGGUUAGAGUUGUUGUUACUUCAUCAUGUUUGAUUCAUAGUCCUGAAGAGUCUGCUAGCCAAAGUUCCAACAAGAAAAAAAAAAGAAGAUCCCUUACAUCAGAGAUGCUUUGUCAGUUAAAAGGAGAAAUGAUGCAGCAAAAUCAACGUUUGUCAGACGUUUUCAGACCUUAAACAUGUUGAGGUAACUCCACGUUCCAGGCCAUCUGUUGUGUAGAUUCAGCUAAAUGCUCCAUCCCCAUGUGAAUGGAAAAGAUAAGCACCGUAUAUCUCCAGAUUUUUAUUUGGUGCAUAGCUGCAUCUACACUAUUGAUGGCAUGGAAAGUGGGUUCAUCAUGAUGGUGUGGGACGUGGGUUCAUCAUGAUGACGUGGGACAUGGGUUCAUCAUGAUGACGUGGGACGUAGGUUCAUCAUGAUGUCGUGGGACGUGGGUUCAUCAUGAUGACGUGGGACGUAGGUUCAUCAUGAUGUCGUGGGACGUGGGUUCAUCAUGAUGUCGUGGGACAUGGGUUCAUCAUGAUGGUGUGGGACGUGGGUUCAUCAUGACAACAGACUACUUUGGGGGUCUAAAAGCAUCUGACAAACUGUGAUUUUGGACUGUUAUGUCGAUUUAAGACAAUGGGAAAACCAAAAUGUUAAUGUAAGGCCUUAUAGACUUAGAUAUGGUCUGAGUUGGUUAUCAUUUUGCAGAGCGCAUCCUAGAACUGUCGUGACACAGUACGAUUUGCAUGCAGAUUUCAUUUUGAUACUCAAUUUUUCUGCCAAGCCAAGCAAAACGCCAACAAACACCGACCUAGAGGCAUGACAGAGAAGGUUGUUUUAUUCCGCGACAUUCCUCAACAUAACCAUUAUUGAUUGAGAGGGUAAUCAUUUAAAUGCCACAGAUGCAACCUUGGGACAAGUGACAAAUGUGGUGGGACUCCCGGCACGACUGUCCAAAUUAUGGAUUUCGUCUGAGGUCAGGUGGCGGGCGGGCAGGCCACCGGGUGAGAAGUUGACUUUCUCUUCCGUUUGCUCACUCCCUAAACUUCACUCCAUUUCCCACGCUCAUCAACAUUGCGAAGUGAAUGACGCGUUCUCCCAAGCGUUGAAUGAGAUUAUAUGGCCGUCUUGUGUAGAUAACAAACCUACAGUGUUUUUCCUGCAUUAUGCGGCAUGCGGUUUGUCAUUUAAAUAAGGCUUGCAAUCCCUUUCAUUCAUUUAGAUAAGCAUUCGGGGUAGGCUCUGAGACAGGUAGUUGAUUCUCCAUGCAAAACAAAUAAUCCCAAUUCCCAACUGCUCAUUUGAUUAGCUAUUCUUGUCCUUUGGAAUUGUCAACCCAGACAAAGAAUUUCAGUACUUGAAAGUGAGAGGGAGAACAUUAGAAUAGUUUAUACCAUGGUAUUGAGAGAGAGAACAAUAUGAGAGUUUAUACCAUGGUAUUGAGAGAGAGAGAACAAUAGGAGAGUUUAUACCAUGGUAUUGAGAGAGAGAGAACAAUAGGAGAGUUUAUACCAUGGUAUUGAGAGAGAGAGAACAAUAGGAGAGUUUAUACCAUGGUAUUGAGAGAGAGAGAACAAUAGGAUAGUUUUCUACCAUGGUAUGAGAGAGAGAGAACAAUAGGAUAGUUUAUACCAUGGUAUUGAGAGAGAGAGAACAAUAGGAUAGUUUUCUACCAUGGUAUGAGAGAGAGAGAACAAUAGGAGAGUUUUCUACCAUGGUAUGAGAGAGAGAGAACAAUAGGAGAGUUUAUACCAUGGUAUUGAGAGAGAGAGAGAACAAUAGGAGAGUUUAUACCAUGGUAUUGAGAGAGAGAGAACAAUAGGAGAGUAUAAUGAUUCUUCAACACCAUUUGUUUUUCCUGCUGUCAAAUUCCCUUAGAGUUAAAUAUUAGCAAAUGCUUUUAUUAAAAUGAAAGAGGCAGAGAUCAUUGGUUGGUUUAAGUUAGCUGUAAACUGAAUGGAUAAUGUGUGGAAAGGAAGGCGAGACAUAAUUUGACAUAUCCAUAUACUGGGCUGCUACAGGUAUUACAAUUAUGCCUUGAUCUCUGCGUAAACAAAAAUGUGUUUACAUUUCCACAAAGUAUUCGAAUGUUUGAUGUGAUAUUGUUGAUUUCCAUCAUUUCAGUUAAUUUUAAACACAAUCUCUACUAGCCACACAACGAUCCCUUUCACAACAUAACUUUAGGCCUUAAAUGGAGCAGUCUGGUAACUGGGAAUCUGCUUAAUGGCCACAUCCCUCAGCUACAUACCAAAACAAGUGGCAGAGGUGCCAUUUUGCUGAAAAAAAUAAAUACCAGAUUCUAACUUUAAGCGCUGGGGAUUCUUAUCAAGCAAAUGCCAGUCAACUACGGUGCUCUUUAUCGGCCUAAGUCUCAUUAUUUGGCAAAAAGCUGUCUGAUAACACGCCUGAAAGAUAAUGGCGGUGGCGGCAGCCACUUUGACUGUUGUUUAAGUCCAGAUAGACACCAGGAAUUUAAGUAGUCAUGACCAAGUGGUAGAGUCAUUGUGGACUCUACUUGACCAUAGAAUGGACACAGAUGGGAAUGUUCCAUGUGCAAGAUUAGGAGAGGGAAGCAUGAGUGAACACAAUAUGUUUACACCGUUUCCAUGUGCAUUAUUUCUAGGACAUUGUUAUGCCCCCAGAGAAAAUACUAGCUUGUGAGGCCAUCUGCUCUCCCAGACUUCCACUACAACACAGGUUGUGAGCCUGUGCGUGAACACAUUAGUGCUUAGUGCUUUCAUUGGAAUUGGAUGUUUACUAGCAGGAUUUUUACUUGUUUUGAUAGCAAUUGCUACUACAGAGUACAUGUGCACAUUGAUUUACAGAUUACAGGUGGCUUUAGUCUUUAGUCUGUGUAACAUAAAUGUUGGACCAUAGUGCUUAAAAGGUAAACUGCCACCUACCUGUCUGGAAACUCAUUGCUGAGAAUGUACUGCAAGUGAAAUUCAAAUAUUCACAUAGGAGGAGAAACGAGGAUAACUAUCCUCCUCUUCCUCAAUACACCAGUCUCCACUGACAGACAUGUAUUCAACACAAUGUCUAUAGUGCUGAAGUAUAGAAACAACCUGUAUGUUGUGCCCUAAGGGUUGGUCAUGCUCCUGCUCUUCCUCUGUUUAGGUUAAAGCCAUUUCCCCAUGGGCAUCACCGCUACAUUGAGAAUCUUCAUCCUUCGUUUCUUUCCCCAACUCAGCCGCUGAGAGAUAGGAGGACCUGCAUUUCAAUUAUAGAUUGCUAUCACACUCAACUCCUUCUUUUCUCUAGUCCCCUCUCACUUGACAAAGGCCAAAACCUGCUCCAUCUUUUUCAGUCUCAUCUUUAACAUCUUACUUGAUGAGGCCUCUGCCCUCCAUUCUGAUCCCUCACCUCUAUUAAUUUAAUUAGUAAGGUGGACUGAACGUUCUGACCAUCUUUAACAUCAUUAUAUCUCUAUAUUUGUGUUUUUUAUCCUGCUAUUUCAACCAUUACCUAAAUGUCAUUACUGUGAUAUAUUAUCCACCAUAUUUCUUUCAAACUGUGCGCUUCAUCUCAAAUGUCAAAUACAACGUUGUUGUUUUUCUUACCCAUAUUUUACCCUUAGUUGAACUGAGAACACAUUCUCAUUUACAGCAACGAUCUGGGAAAUAGUUACAUGGGAGAAGAGGGGGGAUGAAUAAGCCAAUUGGAAGCUGGGGAUGAUUAGGUGGCCAUGAUGGUAUGAGGGCCAGAUUGGGAAUUUAGCCAGGACACUGGGGUUAACACCCCUACUCUUACAAUAAGUACCAUGGGAUAUUUAGUGACCACAGAGAGUCAGGACACCCGUUUAACAUCCCAUCUGAAAGAUGGCACCCUACACAGGGCAAUGUCCCCAAUCACUGCCCUGGGUCAUUGUGAUAUUUUUUUGGGACCAGAGGAAAGAGUGCCUCCUACUGGCCCUCCAACACUACUUCCAGCUUCCAGGAUGCAGGGUGGUAUGCUGCUGGCCAGUGUUGAAUAGGGAAUUGCAUUAAAAUGAUCUGCUUUUCCUUUUUCAGUUCACUAUUUGCUUGAGAUAAAAACUCAUCUGUCAGGUGUGGUCAACUGUUGUUCUGAGAGUAUUCAGCUAAACUUUCCUACCUUCUUAUUCAGAUUCACCACUGUCUUUUCAACAUAAUUGCACCUUUCAUUCUUAGCACACAUCUACAAGUACUGUAAUUUGCCUCCAUUUCUUUGAUGUGCACUCAAUGAAGUGUUAUCGGGAGCACUUAUAUAAUGAUUUGUUCAACACUUGAUUAGAUAAUAGAUGUCUUGCUUAGCCGUUGGUGUGCUUUCUCGCAUAUCUCACUUGUCACCGAGGCUAUUUUUGGAUGAGGUGUCCAUUUGUAGAGGCUGGUCUGAAAGAUUUUUAAAGUGUCAAGUGAUUCUUAAACAAGGAAUCAUGCCUUCAUUAUAUGCAAAUCAAGCAUUAUAUGCAUUAUAUUCAAAUCAAGUAUAACAUUUUAAAGUGGAAAUUACAAACUUUAGAAGCCUUUUUAAACCUUGAAUACACUCCAGGUUUGCAUUUCCUGCUGUAGAGAAAAAUUGUCAGUAACAAAAGGGAUCAAAUUAAGAUCCUACAUCUGUACUAUGAAUCGCUGACUUGUUUUUUAUUGUACUUGAGAGUUUCACAUAGACUUCUGUGAUUAUCUAACCUUUCACCUUUUAUCUACCUUUGGCCCAUAAUUAGCUGAGUCAGUGCUGUUCCUCAAAGUUACAAGACAAAUUGGGCUGCCAUUUUCUUUUUAGGUCCUUUAUAUUCUUAGUGUCCCAAUGUCAUCGGAGAAGGGCGGUGGCAUCAGUUGUCCUAUUUCAAUACUGAUUGACCCCACCUGAGUAGCCUGUCCCCACUGUCCCAAGGGCUCAAUGAUCAUCGUGCAGCCCUGACAAUAACUCUCCCAGAGAAUCGAUCUGAAACAUGAAGACUCAGCAGGGAGUUAUAUGGGAGAGUUAUAGGGAACAAGACCCUUUAUUGGGAGGGUUGAGAUUGGACUCAGUUCAAUAGUAGAUCGCCAGUUUGUCCUUGUAUGUGAAUCUCGGACACUUUGUUUUAGGUGUGGUUUUGUACGUAUUGCUGUAACACUGUGUUCUGAUUGACAUGACAGCUGUCAUCUCCUAUUAAGAUAACCCUCUGCCCUAAAGCAUAAGACUAAAUAAAUAGUUGAAUAAUUGUUUUCAUUGGUUGUGGUAGUGUUAUUAGGUUUUACAAUUUGUUAUGCAAGCCUUACCAAGGUGUUGCAUUACCUUAUUGACAGCGUUAGGAAAGCCAAAUGCAAACACAUCAAGUGUUACAGAGGUAGCUAAAACUUGUCAGUUGGCCCAAAAUAUUAUUAUUGUGGCUGAAUUUUAUCCAACCUGCUAUAGAAAUAUCUCUGCAUCUUUGAAAACACGCACUACAUUUUAUUUUACACUUCAGUCAUUUAGCAGAUGCUCUUAUCCAGAGGUGCAUUCAACUACAUUAGCCAGUAGGUAAAACAAUCACUUAAAAAAAACUUGAAUCAACAUAGCCGCUAUCCACUAACACUACAACUACUGCCCAUGUACACACUGCUCUUAUUCAGAAAACUGGAAGCAUCUACCGUAGAGUAGUCUACCUGCUAUUAAUUACAGUACCCCAAACCAUUCUGCAAUUUUAUUUUAGUUAUUUGAAGCUAUGUUAACACUCUAUGUUCCUGAUUUAAUACUGUAAUGCGGUUUUGAUUGAAUAACAUCCCUAAGCCUUAUCGAGAUAGACUACUAUCUGCUUCAGAGUGGGUGCCAAGAUCCUUCAAGAACCAUCCCACACAAAAGCCAGUUGAUGACUGCUUGGAUGUACAGUAAUAGAGAGAGGCUUUCUCUUAGUGAGGUACAGUAGGAAACCUUGAUUUCUCUAUUCACCUGAACUAUUCACCUGUCCCUACUGAACAGCGAGGAUGGCACAUUUUCUGAGGGGAUAAUUUGGUCUGUCACCCAAAUGGCUUCCUAUUCCCUGUAUAGUGGACUACUUUUGACAGGGGCCCUAUGUGCUACACAUAGGGAAUAGGGUGCCAUUUCUGACUAAGCCUUUUUUCGAACAAGAUGGAAGAAGGAGAAGAACUCAAGAGGAGGGCCUUACUCCUUGUAUGAUAUGCUAUUCAUCUAAUGGUGUCACAUUUUCUCCUCUGAUGUACUGGCUCUCUAACUCUACUGGCCCCUCUAUUAGCUUGACUUUAAUUGUCUAAGCAUCGAGAGUAAGUUAUUUAUGCUCUAUUUUCAAAUCAGAUGGGAGACAGUGGGACAGAACAUUCUCUGCUUUUUUAAAGGCCCAGGGACCGUUCUACAUUGACUGACCCUCUCUGCAGUCUGUUGUAUUAUUUUCCCAUUGGUACCAGUGAGAGGAGAGAAAGCGAUUUGCGAUGUGGCAUAGGCUACAGUUAAGCAGAUGCGUUUGUAAGAUUUCCACAUAUGGGAUUUUUUAUUUGUCUUUUAUAAACGCAUUUCAUGCAAUUCUAUGUCAUUUACAUGACAGAAGACAUUAGCUGAAUAUUUUUUAAUAGCACACAAAUGACCGAAAUGAAUGGUUACGCUGACACUGACAAACUGAGAUCAAUAAAAACGUUCUGGUCUUGAAUUCAAACAAUAGCCCAGGCCAAUGACGCGACACACAGAUUGUACAAUAUUAGGAGGAAAUAUAUAUACAUAGAGUAGGCUACUAAAUAAACUUUCCAGUGGCAAACUGACUCACCUAAUGAUGAAGAUGAAGCCAUAGGCACCGAUAUGCUCAUCAUGGCAAUAGCCUAUCUCAAAAUAAGCUACUUUGAAAAACAGUGCUGCUGUUCGCUCAAAAUGGUUUCCAUUGGUUAUAUAGACAGAUUAGUAUUCUCUAUUCAGCAGCAUUUGCUUUUUAUACUGUACGUUUUUCACGCGAUUGUAUUUAGAAAUUUGCAAAAAGAAAACAGCAGCCGCAACCAACCAUAGAAAUAUAAUCCAUAGAUGGCAGUUCCCAUUCAAAUCAAGACUGGCAUCCAUUGCUAGUGUACCCAUGAGUUUAAUAGUCAAAGUGCCAGGGUAAGAGGUUACAAACCCUUCUAUGGAUUAUAUCUCUACGGCCACAACACAACAAGCUGUUCUUUAUUUGGCUAGCAUGCUGCCCAAAUUGCGGCCUUCCCGACUGUAGGCAUACCGGUGACUGCCAAGAUAAAGGAAACACUUGAAUAAAUGAGGGAUACCAAGUAUAUGUUAUGGUGUGGGGUGCAUUUUCCUGGCAUGGUUUAAGUCCACUUGUAGAAUCUAUGCCAAGGCUCAUUGACGCUUUUCUGGCAGCUCGUGGUGGCCUAACACCCUAUUAAGACACUUUAUGUUGGUGUUCCCUUUAUUUUGGCAGUUACCUGUAUGCGCUUGUGAUAAAACUUAAUCCACAGUUAUUUUCUGGAAAAAGCCCCUGCAUUAGCGUGUGCAUCAGCGAUAAAGAGAGCUGUAAUUCCCAGUUUUUCUUGAGGUAGAAACGUCUCUCUCCACACAAAGAAACUACAUUGUGGGAUGAGUAAUCUAGGAUCUACAUGUAAUGGGUUUCUGUGGCAGAGGCAGUCUUUGUGAAUUGUAAUCACUCAGGAUUCCAUGAUGGGUAGCGUCCCUGGGAGCUGAGCUGCUGUUCCUAUUAGUGAGAUAGUAAACCAAAGUGGAAGCCUUUGCAUUACGAUGCCUUUGAGGUACAUCACUGAUUCACAGCCUUCAUGUGUUUGCUAAUACGGGCAUGCUGCGACCCACACAAAACCCCAAGGCUGGCUGACAUUUGAACACAAGCCACCGCUGCUGUUGUGGAUGUAGAUAAUUGUUGUGUUGUUUUUGUUUAGUUGUGCAGUGGGUAGCGGGGUGUAGUAGCAUUAUCUCUGUUGAUGAAAUGUAUGUUUAAUAUUUCAGACAUACACAGACAUAAUUGGCAUUGUUGAAAUACUGCCUCUUGUUCUGACGCUAUAAAACCAGGAGUUGUAUUUAAUCAAAAUCAUUCUUCAACAAACCUGCACUGUGGGUUUCACAAAAUACCUGUGCUACAAAAUGUCACCCUUUCACUGUCAAUAUUAGUUAUUUCACCUAAUAAACAUGCUCUAAUUGAUCACAAUUAAGCUAAUUUGCUACAUAUGAGGCUCAGUAAAAAUGCUAUUUUCCUGCAGUGAAAAUGGAAUAGAUUUUUAGCCCAGCUCUGAUGACAUUUGCCUAAUAAACUCCUAGUUUGUCCAUAGCGACAGCUUCAGCAGAAGAAUCCAGUUGAUGAAAUAGUGAGGCCUGCCCACCUGAUGUUACGUUCUGAUAGGCAAUCUCAGAGACUGUCAUGAUUGACAGCAUCCUAUAAAAUGAAAGCUACAGCAAGAUAACCAUCCAUCUCCCUCACAUCUUACUGUCAAUCAUCUUUCACUGUGUUAAAUUAGUGGGAGUCGCUAACUGCCGCAACAGUAUGAAACUUUGGUAACCAUUAGGAGAUUUGGUCCCGCUUUAAAUGAUGUUCAGCUUUUAAAGGCUUCAUAAAGCCUUCAUAAUGCCUUCAUAAGCGCUACAUAAAUGUGUUACAAAGCAUCUAUAACCUUAUGUCAUGCUCUAUUAAGGUUUUAUAAAUGUGGAAUAACUGUGUGACAUAACCACCAAUGUCAAAUGUGACAUAUCCCACUGCUUAAUAAAGGCUUUAUAAAUCAUAUUAAAUUGAUGCUUCACAAAGCAUUUAUUACCUUGUCAUUCAUCUAAGGUAAAGCAUUGCAACACCAGGAUAGUGGGUUAGAUUCCUUAUUUUUCUUAAAACUGCAUUGUUGGUUAAGGGCUUGUAAGUAAGCAUUUCACUAUAAGGUCUACACCUGUUGUAUUCAGCGCAUGUGACAAAUAACAUUUGAUUAGAUUUUUAUAUUACUCUAAACCCUUUCCCUUUUGAGUGCAUGGUCAAUAUUGGACCUGACCUCAACUUCCCCCAAAAUGCUGUGCUGCAGGAUGACACACAUUCUAAAGUGCAGUCAUGCACAGCAAAAAACAUUGAUAGGGCCCUUUAAAAUCUGAAUACAUUUUUUGCCUAAUUCAGUUUUUUCCCAAUUUUUUAAUAGAAACACAACAUAUUUAGAUUUUCAAUGCUUAAACCACAUCAGGGGACCACUUUUGAGGUAGGGUGUGAGGUAUUUAGAUGAGUUGAUGGACCUGCAAAGCUUGUGUGUGUGUGUGUGUGUGUGUGUGUCAGAGCCAAGAUGAUUUGGAGAGGUCCAAUCUGAGACUACCGCACCAGGUAUUCCUCUUCGGUUCCCAUGCUGGAACCAGGGCAUUAUUACAUCCUUUUACAAUGGGGCCAACAUUUUGUGGCUGAUCUUUCAGCGGGGGAGUGGGUGAAUGUGUCUAAGACCUGACUGGGCCCAAGACCCCACGAUAUGGCUUGUUAUAUUGUUGUCAAAGACCUGACUGCACCCAGCACCCCACUGUAUGGCUUGUUAUAUUGUUGUCAAAGACCUGACUUGGCCCAGCACCGCAAGGUAUAGUUUGUUAUAUUGUUUUCAAAGACCUGACGGGGUCCAGCACCUCACAGUAUGGCUCGUUAUAUUGUUGUGUCAAAGACCUGACUGGGUCCAGCACCGCAAGGUAUGGCACAUUUUUGUUGUGUGCAUGUUUGUGUACUAAGGAACAUAUAACUUGGUUCCAGAAGAAAGACACUUUCAAUUUCUUUAGGUUGGGGGCUUUCAUCAACGUAAGUGUUUCUUGGUGUAACGUCGUCCCCAGGCUAUUGCACACACAGCAUAUAUAAGCCUUGGAUAUCAACCAUUCAAAGUUGACCUUAGUGGGAGUGACCAUAAAAUUCUAUAGGAGUGACCUUACUGAGUAAAGUAUUUGUCAUCGUCACUACUUAACAGAGUGAAAAAGUCAUAAUUAUUGCUAAUUUCUGCCACUUUCAACAAUUUAUAUUCUUAAAAUUUGAUUUUAAACCAAACCCUAACUAAUGAAGGCCAAGUUUGAUGCGUUGGUCCACCAGACCUUCCGCACAUUUGGGCGGAAGUGUCUGGGAACGAGAUUAGGUGUCAUGUGACUAACAUUACUUCUCUUUAGAGCGUAUGCCAUCCUUCAGCACAACAUGUCACCCUUUAUAAAGCACGUUUAUAUCAUAUUCAACAGUGGGUUUUGUUACAUUUAUGAACCCUUUAUAAAGCAUGACAUACGGUUAUAGAUGCUUUGCAACACAUUUAUGUAGUGCUUAGGAAGGCUUUAUGAAGGCUUUACGAAGCCUUUAUAAGUUGAACGUCAUUGAAAGUGGGACCGGAGAUUUGUAGGCCCCCUAUGUAUGCAUUCAUAAAGCCUUUAUAACAGCAACAUAAGACAUUAUAAUAUAUGUCAUAGGCAGGCAUUAAUAUUACGAACUAUGACAAAAUAUGUUAUGAAGCUUGUUAUGAUGGGUGCUAUAGUUGACAGGCAAAUCUUGUAUGUCUUAUAAAACUGUUAUAAAGGCUUUAUGAAUUUAUACAUUGGGGGCCAAUAACACUUUAACAAGCAGUAAGUAUGUAUGGCUAUGUAUGGAUGUCUUAUAACAGUGUUACAAAGUCUGUAUGUAGGUACCUUCGUUUAAACUCGACUGGCAAUCAAUAGUCAACAGUGUUAAUGAGUGGCUCAUGUCUAGCUCCCAGCCCCUAAAUCCCCAGGAUCAGCCUGUGUAGUCAGCUAGCCGGCUAACCUUAGGUCACGCUGAGCUGAUUUAGAACCCAGUGUGGGGCGUACUUAAUGAGGUCUAAUGGACUCCUGGUACCCUCAGAUCUGGAGCUUGCAAUUUUAUCACCAAUAAGAGGCAUUGUUUUAUCUCAUUGACAGGCCCACCAGAGAACUGGGAAGCUCUCAGAUAUUAUUUAGGAGAAAUAAACAACAAACAAUGUUAUUAAAUUAAUUAAUUAAUUUUCUACAAACGUGUAUUUAAAUGUUUUUGUUUGGAUGGAUUACAGUGCUUAAUCAGCCGACAAUUAAAAUGUUGAGUGACAUUAUCUAUUUAUUAUUUUCUGCAACUGAUGUUUUUGUCAAAAACAUUUCAACAUACUAUGUAUGGGUAGGCAAUUAUUUUGUAACAUACUGUACUAUGCCUCAAUGGUUUUUAAGCAGUGGUCCUUCUCAAUGGUUGACUUCUUCGAAAUGUAUUAAUUCAUUCAUGCAGUAUAGAGUAACUGCAAAAGUUCCUGGUUCAAGCUUUCGCUGUAGUUGCUGAGGAAGCUGUUUGUCACAGCCAGGAAGCAAAGGCCCACUGCUCUCAGCACUCACAAAGGCAACUCAACUUAAUUUAACAUACUGACUUAACACUUGGGUACACUUUAUAGUGCUCCACUGACAGGGAUCUUAUGCUGUCAGUAUGUUAGCCUUCUUACUGUAACCCUUCUUGUUAAUGACUUGGGUCUGUAGUGUAGUGUAGUGUAGAGAGAGAGAGAGAGAGAGAGAGAGAGAGGUUGCCUGGCUAACAUGUUUCCAACUCUGACUGUGCUACCUUGGGGGUGAAUUAUGUAACAUGAGAAUAUUAGUGGAAGAAUGGGCACGUUCUCUCAUUUUCUCACAGUGCAAGACUGGAAGAUUUAAGAUAGCCAGCACAAAAGCCCACUAAAGUUGUGAAAUGAUUACUGCUGUGUGGAGAAAGGACUGUUUCUCAGAUAGCAGCAAGGUAUUAUGGGGGACACUUUGCAGCUACAUUGUACAAUCAUGUCUGUUUCUCACUAUUUUUGUCUCUCACUCAGAUCUUUUUUUCUGGAAUUUAUUUGCAUACAUUGAUUUAAGUAGUCUAUGGAAAAUAUGAAUGUGCCUAGAUAGAAUGUGUGCCAAAUAGUCAAGACCUUGGAUAGCUGCUUUUCUGACAGUGUUUCCCUAACCUAUUAUGGAUUAGCCCCAGCUGUUCCACUUAUUUGAUCUAUUCCAGUAAUGCUGUAGCACAACUGAUUGAACUGGUCAACUAAUCAACAAGAUGAAUCAGGUGUGCUUGUACUGUAUUGUACUGUAUUGUACUGUAUUGUGUUGUAAUAGUUCAAAUAAGUGAAAAAGCUGUGGGCACUCAUGGAGAAAUUAGGGGAAAACGGCAGCAUGUCAUACACGUGCUCCCACUCCAGUUGUCUCAACAUGUGACUGACCUUGUCUCUCUGCUGUUUGUUUGGCAGGGCCGGCAUCGAAGACCGUCUCCCCCAAGCAAGACAAACUGGGUACUGACAAGGGCAGCGAGAGCGGCACGUCCCUCAACGAGCUCUCCACCUCCAGCUCCGAGACCCACUCCGAGGCCACCUCACCCCAGGAUGGUCCCAACCUGGGUGGGGGAGGCGGCGGGGGAUCCGUGGCCCGCUGCGGAGCCCUCCAGUCCGUUUCCCGGCAGCCCAGCACCCUCACCCUGGGGCGGCCCUCCAAGAAGGGCUCGUCAGUGCAGUGGAUGCAGCUGCCAGAUAAGCGACGCAACAGCGAGCUCUUCCAGUCGCUGAUGGGGCGUGAUGGCGGCCUGAGCAGGAAGAAGAACACGGAGAGACCCAGUGCAGAGGAAGAGAUGAAGCAGUGCAUCCAGGACUUUAACAACAUCAAAAUCCCACAGGCGUUCCCCGAGCGCAAGCGGCAGUGGCAGUCCGAACUACUCCAAAAGUACGGUCUAUAG